AUGCCGGAUAUCUUUUCCAAAAUUCCUUAUGAACUUGUAGUCAAGGUUCUUACUUUUUUACCUGCGAAAGAUCUUUGUUCUGUUUCUUUGAAAGUGAGAUUUUGUGGGUGUAUCCGCAAAUUGUGGAUUUUAUUGGUUGAUCAGACAAUAUGCUCCGAAAAUGUUGUCGGACUGAUCCACGUUGGUUCUUCGGUUAACAAAAACCUUUUGUCAUUCACCCAAGAUGAUUAUGUUUGGCGAUCAAUUUGUAUUAAUCAAUUUCCUGCAAGUCGUAUUUCUGAGGAACAAAAAAACAUGAUCCCGGAUGAGGAUACUUCUAAAGUUCAAGAAACGAACAAUUCAGACAAUCAAUCCGGACCAAGUAUUUUUGGAACUAUUGUUUCUAGCGUUUAUGGUUUGGCAAAUCUUGUUUUGAAUACUCCUUCAGUAGAAAGUAACAGCAAUGAACAGCAAGUGACCGUUAGUGAACACAGCGAAUGGAAAAGACUUUAUAAGAGACUAUCAAAACACAUCAAUUUUAUUGCCAAAGAACGUUGCGUUACAUGGUUGGAUUGUCAAGAUGGAGGAGGAACACUUCAUCAUUGGCGAACCAUCGAAGAUUCACAAAGUGAAUUUGGAAGUGCUGUUUAUUUAGAAUACGUUUGGUGGUUUGACGUUUCGUCUAAUCUAAAAUCCGUUCUACCUGGCACGUACGAUGUUGUAUGGCGAUUAAAAAUGGAAGAAGGUAAUUAUCGACGACGUUAUCAACGUUAUCACCCGAACAACGUUCGAAACCUAAACUUCAGCACAACUUUAGAGGAUGAAAUUGAUGCUGAAACAGCCAUUCAUGAUGAACAAAGAUAUGAACAUAUGCCGCAACCUGAAAUGUAUACUAAUCUCGCUCGCAAAAAUAAAUGGGUCGAGUAUUGUUUACCUUAUAAAAUUGUUGUACCUGAACGAAAAGUAGUAGAUGGUAAAUUGGUAUACCAUGACGUUUAUCUUAAAAUUUAUAAUCAUGAAGGAUUCUUAAAAUCUGGCUUG